UAUUACUUCCUUUCCCUUUUUUGGUUUGUGAGAAAUCUGAGUUGAGUUGACUGCCCCAGCAAACCACUUCCGUUACCCUUUCUUACUUUCUUCAUAUUCAGAACAUGGGUAUAGACCUUUUUGAAGGAGCUUUUCUCUCGUCCUUUCUCAAUGUUCUUUUUGACCGGCUGUCUAAUCCUGUGGUGAGGAAGAAGGUUGACCAGAAGCUGUUUCAAAGGCUAGAGAACAUUCUGAUUGUGGUUGAAGCUGUGCUGAAUGAUGCUGAGAAGAAACAGAUCACUGACCAUGCUGUCAAGUGGUGGCUUGAAAAUCUUCAAGAUUCUGUCUAUGAUGCUGAUGACUUGUUGGAUGAAAUUGCCACCAAAGCUGCCAUUCAAGAGGAUCCAGGUAACUUCCUGUCUCGUAUCUUCAAUUCAAAGGAUAGGGAUAUGGUUGUUACUAGGAUUGAAGAAGUCGUUGCUACACUAGAGGAUAUUGCGAAACACAAAGAUAUCCUUGGUCUGGAAAAUAUUGCAGCCAAGAAUAUGUCCCGGAGGAUUCCCUCAACAUCUCUCGUUUCAAAGUCUGUUAUAUAUGGUAGGGACAAAGACAAGGAGGCCAUAGUAAACUUGUUGUUGGAUGAUACAAGGGAUGGUAAAAUAUCUACGAUCGUCAUUGUUGGCAUGGGUGGGAUUGGAAAAACCACUUUAGCUAAAUUGGUUUACAACGAUGACAGAGUAGGGGAAAAAUUUGAUUUUAAAGCAUGGGUUAGUGUUGGUGAAAUAUUUGAUAUUGUUGAGGUGACAAAGAGGAUACUAGAGGAAGCAUGGAUGAGCCCUUCUAAUACUCAUGACUUAAAAUUACUUCAACAUCAUUUGAAGGAGAGGUUGAAAGGGAAGAAGUUUUUAGUUGUUUUGGAUGACAUAUUUCGCCUUCAUUGGGAUGCUUGGGAGGUGUUUCAAUCUCCUUUUCAAUAUGGAAGUGGUGGAAGUAAAAUACUUGUGACAAGCUGUGAUAAUGAGGUUGCUUCUCUGACGAGUGCUGUUCCAGCUUACAAAUUGAGUUUGUUGUCCGAUGAAAAUUGUUGGUUGGUAUUUGCAAAACAUGCAGGCCUUUCUACCAAAUCCCCAAACUAUUUAGCUUUAGAAAAGGUUGGCAGAAAGAUUGUCACAAAGUGUACUGGAUUACCGUUGGCUGCUGAAACACUGGGAGGGUUAUUAAGAACAAACCAAAAUGUAGAGGAUUGGAAUUCUGUACUGAAGAGCAAAAUUUGGGGAUUCGCUACCGGAAAGGCUGACAUUUUUCAUGCAUUAUUGGUUAGGUAUCAUCAACUCCCUUCAUAUUUGAAGCGUUGCGUUGUUUAUUGUUCUUUGUAUCCCGACGGUUAUAUUUUUAAAAGAGAUCAAUUAAUAUCAUUGUGGAUGGCUGAAGAUCUUUUGCCACCACCAAAGAGGGGAAGCACUUUAGAAGAGACUGGUUAUGAAUGCUUUAAUGUUCUAACUUAAAGAUCAUUUUUU